AUGGCUACUAUCACCGUUGUUAAGGCUAGGCAGAUCUUCGACAGCCGUGGAAACCCCACCGUCGAGGUCGAUAUCCACACAAGCACUGGUGUCAAGGUUACAGCUGCUGUGCCAAGUGGAGCUUCCACUGGAAUCUAUGAGGCUCUUGAACUGAGAGAUGGAGGAUCAGACUACCUUGGAAAGGGUGUUUCCAAGGCUGUUGGCAACGUGAACGACAUCAUCGGCCCGGCAUUGAUUGGAAAGGACCCAACUCAGCAGACCGCCAUUGACAACUUCAUGGUCCACGAGCUUGAUGGAACUCAAAACGAGUGGGGUUGGUGCAAGCAGAAGCUUGGAGCCAAUGCUAUUCUUGCAGUGUCUCUAGCUGUCUGCAAAGCCGGGGCCGUUGUCAGUGGCAUUCCUCUAUACAAGCACAUUGCCAAUCUCGCUGGUAACCCCAAGAUUGUGCUUCCAGUUCCCGCCUUCAACGUCAUCAACGGUGGAUCCCACGCAGGAAACAAGCUUGCUAUGCAGGAGUUUAUGAUUCUCCCUGUUGGAGCUUCAUCUUUCAAGGAAGCCAUGAAGAUGGGUGUGGAAGUUUACCACAACUUGAAGUCUGUGAUCAAGAAGAAGUACGGACAGGAUGCCACAAACGUUGGUGAUGAAGGUGGAUUUGCACCAAACAUUCAGGAAAACAAGGAAGGUCUUGAAUUGCUCAAGACUGCUAUCGAGAAGGCUGGCUACACUGGCAAGGUCGUCAUUGGAAUGGAUGUUGCCGCUUCAGAGUUCUACUCAGAAGACAAGACCUACGACUUGAACUUCAAAGAAGACAACAACGAUGGUUCCCAGAAGAUUUCUGGAGAUGCCCUCAAGGACCUGUACAAGUCCUUUGUAGCUGAGUACCCAAUUGUGUCCAUCGAGGACCCAUUUGACCAAGAUGACUGGACCCAUUACGCUAAGAUGACCACUGAGUGUGGAGACAAGGUUCAGAUUGUCGGUGAUGAUUUGUUGGUUACAAACCCCAAGAGAGUUGCCAAGGCCAUCGCAGAAAAGUCUUGCAACGCUCUUCUCUUGAAGGUUAACCAAAUCGGUUCAGUGACCGAGAGCAUUGAAGCCGUGAAGAUGUCGAAGAGAGCAGGAUGGGGAGUGAUGGCCAGCCACAGAAGUGGUGAAACCGAAGACACUUUCAUUGCUGACCUCUCUGUUGGCUUGUCUACUGGACAAAUUAAGACUGGAGCUCCAUGCAGAUCUGAGCGUCUUGCCAAGUACAACCAGCUUCUGCGUAUCGAGGAGGAGUUGGGAUCUGAGGCCGUUUACGCUGGACUCAACUUCCGCACACCUGUGGAGCCUUACUAG